CCUGCAGCUGCAACACACUCUGCUGUUACUAUUUCUGUCAAACUGCUUUAAUGCACAUUACACACUCAGUGCAACACAGAGAGGACGACACACACACACACACACACCAUUAGCAGCAGCUCAGUGGCAGCAUGUGUAGCUCUCUCUCUCUCUCUCUCUAACACACACACAGGCUCACUCGCCCUCAGUCAGUGGCUGGGUGUGUGUUGGACGGAGCUCUGAGAGGAAGCUGAGAGAGCAGCAGCAGCGAUGAGGAUGAAGAGGAGGAGGAGGACGACGAUGAGCAGCGAUUUGAUCCGGGAUAAAAAAAUUAAUUUAAAAAACUCCAGUUCAGCUUCUGGUUUUAAAGACGCUUCCAGAUUCUGGUUUUCUUUAAACGAGGAACCGACACAAAGACAAAGACUAGUUUCUGUCCUUGGAAGAAAGACCAGUCUGGUCCAGCCCGGGCUCAUAUUCAGAUUCUGGUUAUCAACAGAGAACUCUGUGGGUCUGAAGCUGAAUCGGGAUAUUUUUGUUUUUUGUUUUUAAUGUCGUGAACCCUGCAGAUGAAGGAGAACAGGUUCUCUCCUCUUCCUCUGUUUGGAAGCUGAAGCAGCAGAGCAGAUGGAUGUUCUCCACAGCUGUUGGAUGUUAGCGUGAUCUGGCAGAGAGCGAGGACAGCCGGAUGCCAGCCUAAAGCCGUGGACGAGUUGAUGCGACAGAAAAUGAAGAACCUGGACCAGUAUGGACGAAGUCACAUGGAGAGUCUGGUCUAUGCAGCUCUGUCCAGUCUGGUGUUGGUUCUGCUGGGCCUGCUGGGCUCGGUCCACGGCUGUCCUGGCGCCUGCACCUGCUACGGUAACACCACUGACUGCUCUGCCAUUGGCCUUCCCUCUUUGACGCCCAUCCUAGCACUGCUGGACCACGAGUCUCUGGUCCUUCGCCUACCCCAGAACAACCUCUCCUCUCUGGGUAAGACAGACCUGUCCAACUUCAGCAGCCUGGAGCUCCUGGAUCUUUCCCAGAACCACUUUUCCACCCUGCAGCCUGGAGCUUUCACAGGCUUGAACGGCCUUCGCUGGCUUAACCUCUCCGCUAACUACCUCGGGGUACGUCUGGCCACAUCUGACCCCAACAACAGCACAGAGGCCAUCCAGGGAUUGAAUGGAAGUCAGGGCAGUGUUGGCUUAAGCAAGGAGGUUUUCCAGGGGCUGUGGCGGCUGCGAGGACUCGACCUGUCUUCCAAUGGCCUCCGGUGGCUGCCAAAAGGCCUGCUGGAUGGGCUUCAGAGACUCACCUGGCUGUCCCUGGCUAGCAACCGGCUCGUGGCCCUGGACAGAGCUACCUUCGAGCCCCUGGUGGGGCUGCAGCAACUACGUCUGGCGGGAAACCCUUGGGAAUGCGACUGCAAGCUGAGGGACUUCAAGCACUGGAUGGAGUGGUUGAUUUACAGAGAUGGGCAGGUAGAUGCGAUGCAGUGCAGUCUCCCGGGGGAUUUGAAGGGCAGGGACAUCCGCAGCGUGCCAGCAGAGAUGUUCAACUACUGCCUGCAGAGUCAGACCAAGGAGGGCACACCGGGUCACGCCACCCGGCCGCCCUGCCCACCUGGCCGGAUCAGCAGCAACGAGGAAUGUGUUCGCCAGCGUUACCGGCCUGUGAGCGUCCGCCGGGCGCACGGCACGCAAAUCGUCGCGGGUGUGGUUUGUGGGACCGUGUGUGUCAUGAUGGUGGUGGCGGCAACUUACGGCUGCGUCUACGCCUCGCUGAUGGCACGGUACCAGAGGGAGAUGAAGAGCCGUGGCCAGCCCCUGAUGGCUGAGUCUGGAGCCGAGACCGACCUGGAGGACGGGCAGAUGUCGUCCCCGACCUCGCCGGAGGAGACACCGCCCAAAGAGGCCUGUGGCAUCGUGCACGGGUAUCGAAUCAGCAGCUUCUGACACACGCUGCUUUUUCACUGAUUUUCAAUCCUUCCUGGACAUUCUGGCUGCUUCUGCUCCUCGGCUCUCAUCACUGAUGAGACAAUGUCUGGAGAGAGAAACCCUGCAGCUCUGCAAUUGUGCUGAAAAUCUCUGGGCGGGACUGAUUGUAGAGCUAAUGGAUCGGACUAGAUUCAGUGAAACUGGAAUGCUGCAGCACUUCUUUUAAUGUAUGGAUGCUCUGUGAAUUGUUAUUCCCCACGCUGCAUCUCUCAGCCAGCUUUUAAACUCCUCUGAAGCUGCUGUUUAGCACUUCUGCACCUUGACUUCCCUUCAUCUGUGUUUUCAUCUCUUCUUUAGAAAGAUAAAACUCCCUUUUUGUUCGAACCUUCUGUCUUUGUAUCUGAGCCCAACAAGCACAAACUCCAAAAGUACAAAUGUCUGUGGAUCUGUGAGAUUUUCUUUGUCCUCAUUAAUAGUUGUGUAUAUUUUAUGUUUCUUUAACAUACCCUACUUUGAGAAUUCUUUGUACCUAUGUUAACUGGACACCCUGUUGAAUUCCUUCCAAAUAACAGACACUUUAAACCAUAUCAGAGCCAUGCUGCUGUCAGGGAAAUGCUGCUUUAAAGCUUCAUCACUGGGAUAAACUGCAUUCAAACAGAUACUAGAGCUGUACCGCCACCUAGAGGGCAAGCUUUGAACUACAACAGCUUCUAAUCCAGCACAAACAAACUCUCAAGCUCAAUAUCAUGAAACGGCUAUUACUUCCAACAUAGCAAAGUAUGAGAAACUUCCAUGUGUGUUAUUUAUUUUGUCCAUAUUUUCUGUGAUAAGCACAUAAAACAUUGUCUCAGAUUUAACUCAAGGACUGUUAAUCAUGCUGAAGAUAAUAAACUCUAUA